AGACUCUAGAGCCAUAAGCAAUAACCAACCAACCAACCAUCUCACCUGUAAAUCAAAUUGAGAGGUGCAUACAGGUUUUCAAACGAUAGCGUACUCAAUAUGUUGAUUGUUGUGAAAUCUGGCAGCUGAGACUUGAUAGAAUAAUGGCGUAUUCAGUUAAUAUUUCCGUAGAGGCGCCGAUUGAGAAUCAGAUUCAGGAGAUUACUUAUGAUGGACAGGAAAUUUAUCAAGCACCUCUUACUUUGUCCGAAAACUUGGCCAAAAUCGCUCAGAAGAUUGACUUUAGUAAAGCAAAUGGAGAUGACGUUAAGACCGAGCAAGUUGAAAAUGGUGAAAAAAGUGAGGAAGAAGCAAAAGAUCCUGCAUCCUUCCAGUCUUCAUUAUGGCCUUGGGAUAGUGUUAGAAAUAAAUUAAGAAAUGCAUUAACAGAAGUUUGUGUAUUAGCUGAUGUUCUUGCUGUAGCGAAAGAGAAAAGGUACAUGGUUUUAGAUCCAGUACCACAAGAGCCCGCCGAAGUAAAACCCAUGGUUCAAGUGUAUGCUAGGAAAAAAGCAUUGGCUGGAGCUGCGUCAGUUCUAAUUAUGGGAGCUGACAGAUUAAAAAAUUGUCAAAAUGAACUAGCUAGAAAUCGUUCAACACCUGACUUUCAUAUUGAAUUGUUACGUCUUAGACAAAACUGGCGCCUUAAAAAGGUAUCAAAUUCCAUUAUUGGAGAUCUUAGUUAUCGCACAGCUGGAUCAAAAUACACACAAACUGGAAUGUUUGAAGUUACGAAAGCAGAAGAAGAAGAAAAACCUAACAGUAGUCCUCCAGCUUCUCCAAAUCCCAAUGUUACUACACCUGGCCAGUCUCAUGGACCUUCAAAUUCCAAGUCCUCUGCACUACGAGUAACGAUUCCCAGUGAAUUACAAGGUGUUGCGUAUAUUGAGGUGCUUUGUCAAAAAGAUCAAGAAGAUUUAUGUAGUGCAAACAUCAGUUUAUUAAAUAGCAGUGCAAACAGCUCAAAUACAGAUAUGCACUGGCAACAGAAAUUGGAGGCAGCUCAGAAUGUUUUAUUUUGUAAAGAAUUAUUUAGUCAAUUAGCAAGAGAAGCCGUACACUUACGUGCACCUAUACCUCAUAUGGUUGUUGGAAAUCAAAUAAUGGCAACGGUACUUCCAGGGAUUCAACUCAUUAUAGGUUUGUGCCAUAGCACAGGCAAUGAUAAAAAACCUGCAGCUCCACCGCCUCAUAAAACUGAUCACGAUCAUGUUUUGGAACAUUCUUUGCAUCAACUGUUACGAGAAGUGCAUCAUAAAAAUACUCAUCAUCCAUUCCCACAUCCUUCAUCUGGUCCUCUUGGACCAAGUAAACGGAGAUGUCUGGCUGGUCCUACUGCAGCAGAUCGUUAUGAAUUAAUUGAAAUGACCAAAAGUCAGACAUUACUUGAGCAAAUUAUUCAACAAGCACAGCAUUUCUUUAUGAGAUUGCGAACUGAAUAUGUGUUGGACACUAUAGCUAAAGAGGUCAAAGACCCCUUAAUUGUAUCGCACUGGAAUGCUCUAAAUUCGCCAACGCAAUCUUGUGUGAAGAUUAAUAUAUUAACACAUGGUUAUGAUACAGUAUGCCGAACAUCUUUGGUGGUUCAUGUAGGAGAAAAAUCGCUAAAAUGUGUUUGUCGAGAUGGCCGGGUUAUGCACAUGAGCUACGAACCACAGGAAUUAAGGGACCUGAUUUUUUGUCAGAUUUAUCAACACCAAAUUAGUGCAGUUCAAGCCUUGGCCAAAUGCAUGGGUUGGCAAUUCCUAGCUAAUAGUUCGCAUCUUGGUCUGGGGGCAGUGGAACCACUAGGUAAUGCAAGCAGCUGCAUCUUGGCGUCACCUAUCGGCGACAGAAUGAUAGCAGUAAGAUGUGAACCACAGACCGGAGUACAAGUGGCCAUCGCCCAUUCUCCUAGGAAAGACUUUUUCCCUGGACAAUUAGUACGUGAAAGGAAAUGGGAAAAUUUAGGUGGUUCUUUCAAAGAGGUUCGAUGGGAUAAGAUGGAGGGUAAGAACUUCCUUAACAAGAUGGAACUUCUAAUGGCCUCUUUGACGAGCUCAUAA